AGUCCAUUUUUACUACAUUAUAAUAAUUGAUUAAAAGUAUUUGCAAUGUUGUAGCCAUUACUAUACAUUUAUAUUUUUUUGCCAAAGGAUUUACUAUUUAUAUUAGAUAAGUAAAUCAUACUCCUUAAGGACCUAAACUGCGGAUCAGAUAUUAUAAAAGAUUAGACAAUAUUAGCAUUCUCGCUAGGAAUGAAAUUCUAUAGCGUCCAGUAUCAUAAAAUAAUUAUUAUUAUUAUGCGUAUAAAAUUACUAGAAAUAGAAACAUAGAAUGGCAGAAUUAAAAAAAAAUAACACACUGGAAGUAAUAAACAGUGAUAAGACAACGAUUAAUUUUAACAUAAAGCUGCAGUGGCCUAUGUAGGAUACAUUUCCGAGUUCUGUAUAAUAUAUCUAUUUUUAGACAAAAGAAUAAAAAAAAUGAUUAUAAACUGAUAAUUUAAUGCAACUCAUGCAAUCAUACUACAAAAUACAUUCCAUAUAUAUCCAUCUUAUUAUUUCAACUUAGCAAAUUCAUUAAAAAAAAUUUAAAUAGAUCAUCCAUAUUAAUGGAAUGUAAUACAAUAUUAUCAAGUUAUAUGAUCACAGCCUCAAAUCGAGAGUUAAGGGAGGGAGGAUUUGGGGGGAGAGGGAGUAAGAGACAAAGAGUCAAAGGGUGGGGGCGGCUAAGAAAACAUUAUCAUUUAUGGUGUUUAUUGUUACACAUAUAUAUGGGGAUCAUUAGGAAAAUUAUCUUAAUAAAAAAUAGAUUUCUUAAUUAAAUUAAUAAUAAUAUUGAAUCGAUCUAGAUGCUGAUGUAGAAGCAAAGACAAAGGAGAAAAACACUAGUCUCCCCCUUCUUUGUUAUUUCUAAAUCCUACUAGUAUUAUAUCACAUAAUUUAUUUCAUCAAAAUUUUCAAUUCCAUAAAGUAACUUUUGAUUCAUUUUUGUUUGUUUUAAUUCCUACUUUUGACAUCUUCAUCACAUGAAGGACUAUCUCCUCCAGCUAUUAUAUACUCUCUCUCUUCUUUUUAUUUUCUUCAUUCACAUAUACUUUUCUCCAUUACACACAUUUCCAUGUAUCUAUAUAUAAGAACCUCACACACACGCAAUCACACACCAUCCUCCUCCUUCUCCUCAUCAGCAUAACUGAGAAAGAGAGAAAGAUACAACAAGAAUAACGAAUCAAGAAGAUGGGAAGAGCACCGUGUUGUGACAAGGCUAACGUGAAGAAAGGGCCGUGGUCUCCUGAAGAAGACGCAAAACUCAAAGAUUACAUCGAGAAUAAUGGCACAGGCGGCAACUGGAUUGCGUUGCCUCAGAAGAUUGGUCUAAGAAGAUGUGGGAAGAGUUGCAGACUAAGGUGGCUCAACUAUUUGAGACCAAACAUCAAACAUGGUGGCUUCUCUGAGGAAGAGGACAACAUCAUUUGUAAUCUCUAUGUUACCAUUGGUAGCAGGUGGUCUAUAAUUGCUGCACAAUUGCCUGGAAGAACAGACAAUGAUAUCAAGAACUAUUGGAACACGAGGCUGAAGAAGAAGCUUCUUAACAAACAAAGAAAAGAGUACCAAGAAGCUCGGAUGAAGCAAGAUAUGGUGAUGAUAAAGCGACAAGAACAAGGACAAGGCCAAAGUAAUGCUAGUAGGGAUCUUUAUUCGAACAGCAUGUUUGGAUCAUCACCAUGGCCAUUACUACCUCAGCUUCCCUCUCCUCACCAUCAAGUACCUCUUGUCAUGAUGGAACCAACAAGCUGCAAUUACUAUCAAAUGACACCGUCUUGCAACUUCGAACAAAAGCCACUGAUCACACUCAAGAACAUGGUCAAGACUGAAGAAGAACCGGAGAGAACAAACCCUGAUCAUCAUCACCCUGAAUAUUCUAUCACAAACCCUUUUGAUUUCUCCUUCUCUCAGCUUUUGUUAGAUCCUAAUUACUACCUGGAGCCAGUAGGAGGAGAAGGAGAGCUUGCGAUCACGAGUAGCAGCACCAACUCUCCAUUACCAAACACAAGUGCUGAUCACCAUCAACAACAACAAGAGAUUCUUCAAUGGUUUGGGAGUAGUAAUUUUCAGACAGAAGCAGUCAAUGAUAUGUUCUUAAGCAACAACGACAUAGCAAAUCUUGAGACCAACGAGAACACAAAAUUCUAUGGAAACUUGCCAGUGGCCGGAGCCGCAGCAGCUUUAGCCGGAGGAACGACGAGUACAUCGGCGGAUCAAAGCACAAUAAGUUGGGAGGACAUAACCUCUCUUGUCAAUUCCGAUGAUGCAAGUUACUUCAAUGGGCCAAAUCAUUUGUAACUUAAAAAUAUAUAUAUUUUUACUAAUAUAUAAAGAGGGUUUUUUUUUGUAUAAAUGUGUGUUCUAAGGGAGUGGUAAAAAACAUAUGGAUUUAGAUUAAUAUUCAUGAAGACAUUUUUUUAUUUUAGUUUCGAGUCAGCUUUAUUCACGACCAAUAUAUAUGAUCUUUUGAGUUUUUAUGAUUA